CAUUCUGUUAACGGAGCUGGAGUGAGUGUGUGUGUGUGUGAGCGCGCAUGUGUGUCAGAUGACCACAAACUUUUUCCAUUGCGCCUCAAAUCUUCCGAAUGGAUGGAAAGUGCCACAUUUAGGCCUGCAGUCCAUCAAAAAGCUUUGUCUAACACACACUCAUCCCUCGGGAUCUGUUUUUAUCAUGAUUUGAAGACUUUUUUCCCUUUCACAGACGCAGAAGAAAGCUCAGGACAAAGAGGAAGAAAGGAAAAUAUUAAACAUUUAAAAAAAAAACUUUGUUAGAACUGACAAAUUGAUGAAGUGGUGCUGAUUUGGACGAGAUCCUCACGUCCUUGUUUAAAUCAUGGGUGACUGGAGCACCUUGGCGAAGCUUCUCGAUAAGGUGCAGGUGUACUCGACGGCUGGAGGUAAGCUCUGGCUCUCCGUCCUCUUCAUCUUCCGCAUCCUGGUGUUGGGAACGGCCGUGGAGUCGGCGUGGGGCGACGAGCAGUCAGCGUUCGAGUGCAACACGCAGCAGCCGGGCUGUGAAAACGUCUGCUACGACAAAUCCUUCCCCAUCUCACACGUGCGCUUCUGGGUUCUGCAGAUCAUCUUUGUCUCGGUGCCGACGCUCCUCUACCUCGGCCAUGUGCUCUUCCUCAUGCACAAGGACGAGAAGCUGAAGAAGAAGGAGGAGAGGCUGAGGAAAGCCGAGAGGGAAGGGAGCAACGUCCACGCUUGCCUUCACAAAAUCCAGGCCAAGAAGUUCAAGUACGGUUUGGAAGAACCUGGAACGAUCAAAAUGAGAGGAGCCUUGUUUUAUACCUACAUCAUAAGCGUGGUGUUGAAAUCUGUAUUCGAGGUGGCGUUCUUGCUCAUACAGUGGUACCUUUAUGGAUUCCGUUUAUCAGCGGUUUACACGUGCGAGAGGUUCCCUUGCCCGCAUAAAGUGGACUGCUUCCUGUCUCGUCCUACGGAGAAAACCGUGUUCAUCAUGUUCAUGCUGGUGGUGUCAUUAAUCUCGCUGGCUCUUAACGUCUUCGAGUUUUUCUAUGCCAUCUUCAAGAGGAUGAAGGAUCACUUCAAAGAAGCUGAGAAGCUGCUGGUCAUGGAGAGCACGAUCAGGCGGUGUCCUGGAGAAGACAUGUCCAGCUACGGGUACCACUGCUCGGCUCCUGUCUCUAACCUAGGCUACAAUUUAGACACAGCAGAUAAAUCCAACUCCUCGGAUAAUUUUGACAAACAAGCCAAUGAGCAGAACUGGACUAACUACAGCACGGAGCAAAAUCAGCUCGGCCAGAGAGAUUAUUGCCCGUCUCAGACGUUUGUGUAUCCACAGAAAAUGCCUCUGGGUAAAGACCUCAUGCUUCUUAAACAGCUCGACCCUCGACCCCAGAGUCGCUCUAGCAGUCGUGCCCGGCCUGAUGACCUGGACAUCUAGGGGUUUAGACUUUUAGCCUGUGAAUAUCAAUUUAUGCUAAAUGUUCUCAUUGAUGUGCUCUAAAUACUGUGAGCUACUCAGUCCUCAGUCUAGCUACAAGGACGAAUUGAUGCUUUAACAAGAGAUUCCGCUCUGAAUUGAUUCAAUUGAAAAGAACUGCAUCUGGGCAAUUUUAUGCAAAUGUACUGUAUUUUUUUCCAUAUAAGCAAUUUAAUAUAACAUUUACAUUGCUUCUUCAUUAUGCGCAUUAUUAGUCUGUUCUUCAAUUGUUUCAUACAAUAGCUGUGAUCUCAAGUCUAUGAAGGAUCUAUAAUGCUAGAUUUUUGAAAGUAAUGUAUAAACCAAAUCAAACAAAGGAUUUUGAAAUGAUUUUUUUUGGUAUAACUGGGUUAUCAGGAAUAAGCAGAACAUCAGUAUAAGGUUUAAUUUUUGGCAUCCACAUCCGAAUAUUUGCUCUUAACAAAUGUCUUAAAGUGGAAUAUUCAGGAUUUUUGUGGAACUGACCGCAACAGCACCAUUAAUGGACGUAUGAAGUACACACAGGAUAAUAAGAAGUAGUGAGGGGUGAACCUGGGGCUGAUUUCUUUCUAGCCCAGACUGUAGAUUCAUGCAGCCUAUCAGUGACAGCCGUAUCAGGUGAUGACACAAAGUGACAUGUGCCCUAGAUUUUUUCAUUUGGGUUGAUAUUUUCACAUUCAUAAGCAAUGAUUGAGAAGGUACAUGUGAAAUACUGUCACGGGUGUAAUGGGCACGAAUGGUGUGAAUUAUUUACUCAAAUCAUCCUUUUUUUUUUUUUUCCAAAAAGUAGACAGCCUAAGUACAUAAUAUUCAAUCAAAAGUACAAAUUACAUGAAAGGAUAUAUGACCGAACUGUAAGUUUGGUGCUUUUUGGUUUGAAUGAAAGGGUUACAGCUUCUGUGUUUAUCGUGUUUGGUAUGUGAAAGCAACACAGCAUGAACCUAGAAGAGCAUUACGGAUUCGAAACAUUUAAACCAAUUCAGUAAUCAGGAAUCCAGCUGCCGAUCUGCCUUUAAGUAUGCGUGUGUAAUAGUAAUAGUUUUCCCACAUGAUUCUUAUCAUCCUGUUCCUGAAACCUUGUGAUAUAGAGCAUUACUCAACCCUAAUGGUUUCACUGUUAAGAUAUUGAUAGAGAUCGGCUUUCAGCCAUCACUGUAUAUUUCUAAUCAAGUCAUGGUGUUUCGAUCUUUAAAAUGCAGCGUCUGUAGAAAACGUGUUCUCUCCUAAAUCCAAGUUUUCUACAUGAUGCUUUAUCCCAUGGUGAUGCUGCACUUAUGCAUAGUAAGUCUACAUGAGUUCAGCUGUCACAUCUAUAACACUGGAAUUGCCCAAGUUUGUGUUUAUUUUUAAUGGGAGCUUUAACAUGUACUGUUCGAAAAAUACUUUGCUGUUCCACACACAUAUCUUUAUUAAAAGAUAAUGAGUGACAUUUUCAUAUUUUUAUUUAAUAUUUCUUUGGAUAUACUUUACAUUAAGGUUCAUAGUCCUGACAUUAUUGAAUACAUACUUCAGCAACUUCAGCAUUAAUACACCAUAAGUAACUUUUACAAAAUAACUAACGCUUAAAACAAAAGGGUUAAAUAAUCAUAACAUUUGCAGUUGUGGUAAAAGUGACCAAAUUUCAACUGAGGCUAAAAAGUAUUUUUUAAUAUUUACACCUGGAGACUAUAGCUCAGUAAGUUUUCAACAUUCAGUAACAUACUAUAAUUUAAUUUUAGCUAAUUUACAUGAACAACUUUUAGUAAAUGCAGGUGUAUUUAGUUAACAUUUAAACAAUUAUCAAUUAAUACAUGUGUUAGCUUUGUUAUUUUAGCACUACUUAUGAUUUUAUUAAUGCAUUUAUUAAAGUUUAACAUUUUACUAUGUUGCAUGACGCAGUAAAUAAUGUUAGCCAACUGGACUUUAAUGUAAAGUGCUACUAUUUCUACCAUUUGUUUUAUUAAUAUAUAGUACUGAGGUUCAUUUCUGCCAGAGUAUUACCAUUUUUACAGAAAGUAAAAUUCAAUUUAAAAAAAAAAAAUACUACUUUUAAUAUUAUCAUGAACUAUUACAGGUUCCUGGAUUUUCUAUUAACUUAGUUCAGCCCAGUUUGCACUAUGAAUUGAUGAAGUCUUAAUAAUGGAAUUGGUAAUAUUGUGUAAGUGCCAAUUGUUUGUACUGUGUUGUGCAAUUUCAACACAGUACAAUGUGUUUGUCUCAUGUCAGAUUUUUCAGUCAUUCAGGUUAAUUUCAUGUCUAUUUAGAAACAAGUUUCACUUUAUAUGUAUUUCAAAUAUUUUUGUAUGUUCUGUGAUUUUUUUAAUACAAUGUAAAUACAAUGUUACAAUAAAUAAGAAGUAAGAAAAGGAAAUUAAAAUGGUUUAAUAUAAUGAAACAUACUUAAAGAAAAUACUUUUAAUCUCCUUGUUAGAAGUUCUCAGUUUAAGUUUUGCUAAGAAAGAUAAAGGCAAGACAUUGUAAAGCAAAAAUUCAUCCUAAAAUAUAUUCUAAAAUGCAGGAAACUGCUAAAAUGUUUAAAGAAUUUGAAGGAACAUAUUUUAAAUAUAGCUGUAUUACAACACUCCAGUCUAGUUGAUAUGAAUCAUAUGUGAUGUGUGCAAAUAUUUUGUAUAUGUGAAAUAUGCAAGUGUUGUAAAUACGUGUACAAUUUCAACCUUAUGUUGGGUCUGAAAUUUAACAUAUUCAACCAUCAGACACAAAGAAUCUUUCGUAAAGCUAUAAGCCUUUUUUUUUUUUAUAAAAAAAUGUUUUUCCACUGAGGGAAAGCAGCCAGAUUUUCUCCUCGAAGCCAGUGGAUAAAAAUGUCCACCCGACUCCUUUUGCUGCAGUUCAGUGCCAGUGGCGUGUAACGUGAGUAUCAUAGGACUGUUUCAACAGUUCAGUAAUGUCUCUUGUCUAGUGUGAACAUUUCUUAACUGACAAAAGGAUCUCUUGUGAAUCCAAAAUAGAAAUCUGAAAUGAAAAGGUCAAAAAGUUUCCCCAAUACUCAGAGUUUCCUAUUUAUCCAUGCAGCUAAACAGAAACAUGUGUGAACAAAGCUCCACAUGGGGCUUGUUCCAAGGGGGGAAAAAAUAGGCAUUUGAACUAUGUGUUUAGAAUUCAUUCAGCAGUACAUACAAAUGUUCUAGCAAAAUCUCUGUCAAAAAAUUGCAUCAUGUACUUAUGUGACAUGAAACAACUCAAUUUAAAAGUUAACUAAACAAUCAAACACUUUAGCUAGGACUAACAUACUUUAAAAUAAUUCUCCCUUUAAAUAUGUCUCUAUGUGGACCAAGACAUGUCUGGAUUUUUUUUUUUCUUUUUUAAAUACGAGACUGGUCCUGAGCAAGAUUGGUACAAGCUUAGCUAGCACAAUCAUUGCCUGAAUAAUUAAAGCUAAAACAUUAGCUGCCUUCUGAUGUUAUUUAUAUAACAGUAAUUAAUUUACUUUAAGUAAUUUAAGUAAGAAAAAACAAAUCACUUGAGGUAUGCAGCUAUAGGAAUAAAAUCAACAACGGGAUAUUGUGAUAAAGCAGAAUUACAUACUGUUACCAACUCAAAGUUGAUUAUUUUCCUAUAACAGCACCAAAAUGUGUUUACUUGGCAACAAUUACAUGUUUUAAAAAAAAAAAUUAUUAAAUAAUGAUGCCAUACUUUUUGUCCAUUUAUAGUUAUCUUUAAUGUUGUGGAACAUCUGCAAAAACAAGUUACUUCCUGUUUCAUUUACAAUCAUUUAUGUUAUUUCAUUUACAAUCAUUUACAUUAUAGCACUUACUGUAUAAACAGUUCAUUGUCUCACCAGCCUCUCUCUUUUUUCUUUCUUUUGAAGUUGAUAAGACAAAAAAAAGCAGAAACCACAAUGCCCACUCUCCUGAAGACUUUCCUGUGACAGAACACUUAAAGUUACAGCUUUUACCUGUAAGUUGUUACUACAGAAAAGAUAAGAAUGAAUGUAAUAAUAUAAACCUGUGAUUUGUCUUGUACCUGGAACUUAAUGAAUACCAUCUGAUCAAUCAGAUUUGUGAAUUCAAAAGUGACGUGGAAUAUUGAAUUAAUUAUGUUGAAUAUUCUUUUUUUCAUGUUGCCUUUUUUGUGGGACCUUUGCUCUUGUAAUCUGCUUUGAGACUGUAGGGAUGUUUGGCUGAAGUUAGGAAGAAGUCUGAGCUGCACUAGAACCGGCUAGAUGGGGGAAAAAAAACAAACCAAAAAAAUUGCUAAGGAAAGAUUUGUGUUUGGAUGGAAUGCUGCAUUUGGACUCGGAGUUCAGAGAGAGUUCUUCAGUUUAGUUCUUUCUUCAUGAAUGCAACAUUUAGGACUUGCAAAACCUGAAUAAGAGCUCAAUUGAGGUCUGUGCAGAUAGCCAAAACUGAUAGAGGGACAUUUCUUUGAUAAUCCGCCCAGAAGUAUUUAGUUUAAUUUAAUUUUUAUACAAUCAAUCACAAUUUACUUCAAUGACUAGUGGCAGUAAAUCUAAGAUUUGUGAGCUCCUUUUGUAAUCUGAAAGAAAUCUUCUAUUAAAAAAACACAUUCACUUUAACUACUAGUAAUUUGGACUGAUGUAGCUACAAUCUUGAAGUUGUUUUUCUCACCCCAGAAACCAGUUCUAACACACCUUAUCAACAUUAUAAUGACUUGAGAUAAGUGUGCAUUUGUAGAACUGGGACAAAACGUUGUCAUAUUCAGUGGUACUCUACAGAGAGAACUGAUUGUGUUAGCUACAUUAGUCUUGUAGCCAGACAACAUGUAUUUCACUGACGCAAAUUACCCAAAUUACCCUUUAAAAACUAUUAGUAGUGGCUGGUGUAGAUGGACUAGCAAGGCUAAGCCCUCUGUCACAGCUCCAUCAAUGGUUGUAGGAAAAGUAGACACAAUGCCUUGAAGAAGCAAAGCUGGGGCUGAUUUCUUUCUAGCCCAGACUGUAGAUUUGUGUCAUGUCUGAUGUUUCAUAGAGUGAAAUGCUGCCUAGAUUUGAUCUCAAUUUGGACUGAUUUUUCAGCUUGUGUCACUGAAACAUCCGUAACAUGUCAUCAGGAGUUGUUGAGAACAUAGGUAGACUAAGCACACAGGGCAUCUGCUAAUUGCUUUUCACAACCUGGCUGCCAGGACAGAGAAGACCCUUCUUCUUGAACCUUGAGGUAUGUUGGGUCCAGUUGACUCAUUUUAGAGGCUUGAAUGGAUCAUGGUGCAGAGUGGGGUUUGAUCAUUACUGAAUCAGAUGUGAGCAGCUGCAUUAAGCCAAUAGAGGGAAUGCAGCGAUGGCACGGUGUGGGAGAACUUGGGGAAGUUUAAAAUAAGUCUUACAGCUGCAUUCAUCAGUUGCAAGGGUGGGAUGGCAUGCAGGUCUCAUGAUGUGGACUUUCCCUUACAGGCUUUUUCCUGCUUAAUACCCUCCCACUGGUUCUGGAUUGGGUAAUUGGCUUGGAAAAAGUACUCAGCUACGUGAUAUAAGGGCAGAUAAAUACCCUGCAGGUGUGUGCAUUAUGAUGGUACCCACCCAGUAGGGGAGAUGUGGCAUGAUUGCUGGAGUGUUGGCAACAGCAUGCAUCAUUACUAUGGUUUCCAGUUAUGUGCAUUUCUCUUGAAGUGCUAUCUGGUGUUCUGGUGUAUAUUUUACCGUACAAGGGCAGGCUUUCCAGGAGUAAGUUGCAGCAGCCCAAUGCCGAGUUGACAAAGGAACAAGCACCUGAGUGGCCUUUGUGGAUAGAAAUGGCUGGAUCCUCCUGAUGUUAUAAGGAGAAAUCUGCAUUACUCCGUCAGGUUACUAAUGUGAGGAGAAAAGGAUAUUUGGCUGUCCAGCACUUCCCCAAGAUUGUGUGCAGUGACAGAUGCACAUGGUGUGAUCUGAGAGUUGUCCAAGGGGAUCACAAGAUCUUGAAAUGGUGAUGCAUCUCCAGUGAUAUACAGCAGCUCAGUUACGCUGAGAUUUCCAGACAUGUAGAUCCAUGCAGAUACAUGAGUGCCUGAGGGAGGAAAAGAGAUUAUAAGCUGAGUGCCAUCAGGACAGCAGUGGCAUGAAAAUCCAUGUGAGGAUAUGACCUCACUGACAGAGCGGGUAUGGCCUUGUGGGACACCAGUAGAGAGCAGAUGUACAUCCCCUCUAUGCCACCUGGUAUGGCCAAUCCUCCAGCUAAGAAGCAACCCACCACUAUACCUUACCACUAAUUCCAUGACUCCUGAGGAUGGACAGGAGAGUGUUGUGAUUCUUGUGACAGUUUGGCUGAUCUAGUGCUAUGAAGCUUCUCUGUAACAGCCAGAAGGGCAGUUUCUGUGAACUGUGCUGCCUUGAAGCCAGACUUGUUAGAAUCUUGGAGAUCAUUCUGGGCAAGAUAGAUACAACUAAUUGUAUAGAGCAUGUUCAAAAAUUUUAGAAAGAAAGGAGAGAAGUCAUACAGGUCGGGAGCUGCUGAUGUCUGGGGUAUCUAGUGAGAUCUACUUCAGGAUGGGAAUAACUGCUGCUGUCUUGAUGACAGUCGGUACAUGAUGAGAUGUUAUGGAUUUUUAUGAUGGGAGUGAUGAAGGGGAGGAGGUCUUUCCAGAUGGUCUGGAUCAUUGUAGAAGGGAUGGAAUCCAGUGGGCAGGUGGUAGGA